AUGGAGCUACUCGCCCAGCCCUGCAUUGAUCUAGCUGCCAACGGGUCCCAGCUCUGCCAGACUAGCCUGAUCACUAUGAAUUCCAGCCUGGGCUCAGCCAACUGGUCCUAUCUCUGCAUCAACUCCAGCUCGAACCCGUGUAACGGCACCGAGAGCGUCCCUCUGAGCAAGAGUUCGGCUUCAAUCAUCAUCGCCAUCAUCAUCACUGCUCUUUACUCCAUUGUCUGUGUGCUGGGACUGGUGGGCAACGUCCUGGUCAUGUAUGUCAUUGUCAGGUACACCAAAAUGAAAACAGCCACCAAUAUCUACAUUUUCAACCUUGCUCUGGCUGAUGCUUUGGCCACCAGCACACUGCCUUUCCAAAGUGUCAACUACCUGAUGGGAACCUGGCCCUUUGGGAAGCUGUUUUGCAAGGUGAUCAUGUCCAUCGAUUAUUACAAUAUGUUCACCAGUAUAUUCACCCUCACCACCAUGAGCAUGGACCGCUACAUUGCUGUCUGCCACCCAGUUAAAGCUCUGGAUUUUCGCACACCACGGAAUGCCAAGAUCGUCAACGUUUGCAUCUGGAUCCUGUCCUCGGCUAUUGGGCUGCCUGUGAUGAUAAUGGCAACUACAAGGUUUGACAGUGUUUUAGGAGUAACAGAUUGUACACUGAAAUUCCCACAUCCUUCCUGGUACUGGGAUAACCUCCUGAGGAUCUGCGUCUUCAUCUUUGCCUUUGUUAUGCCAGUCUUGAUCAUCACUGUGUGCUAUGGCCUGAUGAUCCUGCGCCUGAAGAGUGUCCGCAUGCUCUCUGGCUCAAAGGAGAAGGACAGGAACCUUCGGAGGAUUACCAGGAUGGUCCUUGUGGUGGUGGCUGUCUUCAUCAUCUGCUGGACGCCCAUCCACAUCUACGUCAUCCUCAGGGCCCUGGUGAAGAUCCCAUCCACCCUCUUCGCGGCAGUGGCCUGGCACUUCUGCAUUGCCCUGGGCUACACCAACAGCUGCCUCAACCCUGUCCUCUAUGCCUUCCUGGAUGAGAACUUCAAGCGGUGUUUCCGGGAGUUCUGCGUGCCCACUUCCUCAACCAUCCAGUACCAAAGCUCCAACCGGGUUCGGAACCACGCCCGGGAGCUGCCAUCCACCAUCCACACGGCUGAUAGGACUAACCACCAGGUAUGA